AUGACAAAACUAGGAGGAAAUUUAAACUGCAUACAUCAGUUAUGCUUAGCUCAUGGCUUGCAAUUGGCCAUCGUGGAUACGUUCUACGUAAAAAAUCAAGAAAACGUAAAUGAGGCUCAAGAAGAACUUGCCGAAAACGAAAAUAAUCUGAACACUGUUUGCAUUGGCACUGAAGAUGAUACUGAGACUGGUGGAUUUCAAAUAGAGCAAGCUCCAACUGUAACAGUUGACGUGGAGACAAAUAUUAAAUUUGGGCUUGUUGUAGAAAAAGGUGAGGAAUAUUGUGCGGAUGUUCAGAAAGUCAGCAACGAAAUCCGAUAUUCUUCAAAAUUACAUAAAAAUGGAGCUUGGUAA